AUGGCAACCCGUAAUCAUCACAACGUUUGCUACAUGGUUCCACCCUACCUACUCAACGCUAUUGCCGAGAGUAGCAACAAUGAGGACCCUAUCCGCGAGUCUGCCCGUAACGCGCUUAGCCUCCACAAGAGUUGCAUCGGCAAACGAGAGAAGCGCUUCACGGCCCUUACCACUCCCCGCGGCUUCAAUGCCGCAGGAAAUAUCGCCCAACACCGCAGCAUUGUGCCAGAUCAUAUGCUCCAGCACAUUGCCGAUUGCCAGGAUGUAGACAGUACUACCCGUGACUGCGCUAAACGUGAUCUCGAGCACAUCAGGAAUGUGCACGCCAAGUACCAACAAGCCCAGGGUCUGCGCGACGAAUCGUCCGACCAGAAGACUCUAGAGGCUACGGAUAAAUCCUCGGAGACUACUGAAAAGACGUAUCGUGCGGUAUAUGAUGCCCAGAACGAUGAAAAGGAAGCCAAUCUCCCUGGAAAGCUAGUUCGUGUCGAGGGUCAGGCGGCUACUAAGGACGAGUCCGUCAACGAGGCCUACGACAACGCUGGUCACGUCUUGUCCUUCUAUGCCGAUAUUUUCAACUGGAAGUCCAUCGACAACAAGAAUAUGCAUGUGGUCAGCUCAGUGCACUUUGGCAAGAACUACGAAAACGCCUUCUGGGACCCUGAGAUCGCCCAGAUGGUGUACGGCGACGGACACACCUUCUUGACCAACUUCACCGGCUGUGUGGAUGUUAUCGGUCAUGAACUUACUCACGCUGUUACUGAGCACACCUCCCCACUUGAUUACAACGGCCAAAGCGGUGCUCUCAACGAGCAUGUGUCGGAUGCUUUCGGCAUUAUGAUCAAGCAGAGAGUCGAGAAUGAAACCGCGGAUAAUGCUGACUGGCUGAUUGGCGAGAACUGCCUCAUGCCCGGUGUGAAGGGUGUCGCCUUGCGCAGCAUGAAGGCACCGGGAACUGCCUACGACGAUCCCCGUUUUGGCAAAGAUCCUCAACCUGCUCAUUUCAAGGACUACAAAAUGACCCAAGACGAUAAUGGAGGUGUGCACCUCUACUCCGGUAUACCCAACAAAGCAUUCUACAAUGCCUCUGUUGCCUUUGGCGGUUACUCAUGGGAGAAAGCAGGCAAGAUCUGGUGGGAAACUAUGAAGAGCGGUCAGAUUCCUGCCAAGUGCACCUUUGUCCAGUUUGCCGAUGUCACGGUUGACAAAGCGGAGGAGCUCUUCGGAGACAGUGGUGCCACCAUUGUGAGGAAGGCUUGGGACGAUGUUGGUGUGACGAGGAAGUCUUUUCCCUAG